CAACAUCAUGACAACAGAGAAGAGUUUAGUGGUUGAGGCCGAAAAUUCACAGCACCAACAACAGAAGGAAGAGGGUGAGGGAGCUACAAACUCAGGCCAACAAGAAACUCAGCUGGAAGAGGCUUCUCAAGCAGCAGCUGAGGGAGAUAAUCGAUGUGAGCAGAAGCUGAAAACAUCUAAUGGAGACACCCCGACCCAUGAAGACUUGACGAAGAACAAGGAGCGGACAUCAGAAAACAGGGGCCUGUCACGGCUGUUCUCCUCACUUCUCAAAAGGCCUAAGUCUCAGGUCUCCGAGGAGGACAGCAAAGAAGUAGAGGCAGCUAAAGAGAAAGGUGAAGGCGGUCAGAAAGAGAUAGAAUUUGCAACCAGUCUUGAUGAAGAGAUUAUUUUAAAGGCCCCGAUUGCAGCUCCUGAACCUGAACUCAAAACAGACCCAUCCUUGGAUCUUCAUUCAUUGAGCAGCGCAGAAACACAGCCUGCUCAGGAAGAACACAGAGAAGAUCCAGAUUUUGAAACUAAGGAAGGAGAAGGACUUGAAGAGUGCUCUAAAAUAGAAGUGAAAGAGGAAAGUCCUGAAUCAAAAGGAGAAAGAGAAUUAAAAGCUUCCCAGAAAUCAAUCAGAAGACACCGAAACAUGCAUUGCAAAGUUUCUUUGUUGGAUGACACAGUUUAUGAAUGUGUUGUGGAGAAACAUGCUAAGGGACAAGAUUUGCUUAAGCGAGUGUGUGAGCACCUCAAUCUUUUGGAAGAAGACUACUUUGGGCUAGCCAUUUGGGAUAAUGAAACUUCCAAGACAUGGCUGGACUCUGCCAAAGAAAUAAAAAAGCAGGUUCGUGGUGUCCCUUGGAAUUUCACAUUUAAUGUAAAGUUUUAUCCACCUGACCCAGCACAGUUAACCGAAGAUAUAACAAGGUAUUAUUUAUGUCUUCAACUUCGGCAGGAUAUAGUUGCAGGACGUCUGCCCUGUUCCUUUGCAACCUUAGCAUUAUUAGGUUCUUACACCAUCCAGUCUGAACUGGGAGACUAUGACCCAGAACUCCACGGUGCAGAUUAUGUUAGUGAUUUUAAACUGGCCCCAAAUCAGACCAAGGAACUUGAAGAGAAGGUCACGGAACUGCAUAAGUCAUACAAGUCCAUGACUCCAGCUCAAGCUGACCUGGAAUUUCUUGAGAAUGCCAAAAAGUUGUCUAUGUAUGGGGUUGACCUUCAUAAAGCAAAGGACUUGGAAGGAGUGGAUAUCAUCCUAGGUGUCUGCUCUAGUGGCCUUCUGGUUUACAAAGAUAAGCUGAGAAUUAACCGCUUUCCUUGGCCCAAAGUGCUGAAGAUUUCUUACAAACGUAGCAGCUUUUUCAUCAAGAUUCGACCUGGAGAGCAAGAACAGUAUGAAAGUACCAUCGGAUUCAAACUUCCCAGUUACCGAGCAGCUAAGAAAUUAUGGAAAGUCUGUGUAGAGCAUCACACAUUUUUCAGGCUUACAUCUACAGACACCAUUCCUAAAAGCAAAUUCCUUGCACUGGGAUCCAAAUUUCGAUACAGUGGCCGAACGCAGGCUCAGACCAGGCAAGCAAGUGCUCUGAUUGACAGGCCUGCCCCACACUUUGAGCGUACAGCAAGCAAACGGGCGUCCCGGAGCCUUGAUGGAGCGGGUGUUGAUUCAACAGACCGAAGUCCUCGGCCCACCUCUGCACCAGCCAUUGCUCAGAGUCAGGUCACAGAAGGCAUUGUCCCAGGUGGACCUGCCCAAAAAACAGUGGUUUCCAAAACACAGAAGGAAACAGUUGAAGACAAAAAGGAAGAAGCACCACCUGAGCAAGCUGAACCAGAGCCUACAGAAGUGUGGAAGGUGGAAAAAACCCACAUCGAGGUCACAGUACCCACCUCAAAUGGUGACCAAACGCAGAAGCUUGCAGAAAAAACUGAAGAUCUGAUAAGAAUGAGGAAGAAAAAGAGAGAGAAACUAGAUGGUGAAAACAUUUAUAUCAGACAUAGCAAUUUAAUGUUGGAGGAUUUAGACAAAAGUCAAGAAGAGAUCAAAAAACAUCAUGCCAGCAUCAGUGAGCUGAAAAAGAACUUCAUGGAAUCGGUACCAGAGCCACGGCCUAGUGAAUGGGAUAAACGCUUAUCCACUCACUCCCCGUUCCGAACACUUAACAUCAAUGGCCAAAUCCCCACAGGAGAAGGAGUGAAGAAAACCUCUAUCCUUCUCUCGGAAAGAAAGGUUGGUGGGCCAGAGCAGACACAGGAACGUGCUCUGUUAGUGCAGGAUGAAGAGAAAAGUAAAAGGCAAGAGAGAUCUACUGAAAGAACCUUGCCCCAGCAAGAAAAUGAAGAAAUUCUUCCCAAGGUUUCUAUUCCAAUCCCCGAGGAUCACAAGUCUUUCAAAAAGUGCCACCUCUACUCUAGUACUUUUCCAUCUCCUCGUAUUCCUUUCAUGAUGUCUUUUUUCGUGGUUCUUGCAUUGGCUGUUUGGUGGUUGGUCUUUCUGUGAUCGGAAAACAGGGUGCUCACCUGAAAUGUCAAAACUAAAACCAUUGAACUUUGGUCAUUGGCUCCUACUGUGUUAUCUCCUGUAUGAUGCUCUGAUCUUGAUAGUUCACUGUCUUAGUGAAGUUCUUAUGAUGAUUUUUCUGUCAAUAAAAUGUUACUGUUUGUAGAAUAUGUUUCACGGGUUAUAAAGGAAUAGGAAUGGAUUGCCCAAGCCAGCUUUCCUCCAUGAAGUUUAACAAUUUUAGAGAAAUCAGAUCUAAGCAUAUGGCAGGUCAGUACUUUCCCCCAAAAGCUUUAACUCUUAUCCUGCAUGUUCUUAUUGUUUAUUGUUGCCAUGUCCUCCUCUCCACGGUUUCACACAAAGCAGGAUACUCUGUAGAAAUAUUUGAUGGAAUAUUUUCCUUAUCUUCUCUAGUCAUUUGUCUGGCAUGGGCCCUGUAGUUUAAGAAAACAAUUUAACUUGCUAACCUUUCAAAAGCCUUAAAAUGAUACGUUUCAAUCUAUGAAUCCAACAUCACUCCUUCUCUUGAGAUAUCAAACCAGUGUAUACAAAGGCCUUUUUUGGAAAAGGGCUUUUGACUUCUGUGGCCUUCUUAUGUGUAUUUCUGAGAUGUACAGGGACAGAAACCUUUAUCCUGCCUAGUGUAUAGACGAUAUCUGCAAAGGUUAAAUGACAUCUUUUUACAAGUGGGAUGUUGAUGGUUUAAGGAAAAUGGUGCUGGUGCCCUGAGCCUCCAGCCAGGGCUGAAUUUCCCAGACUAUACCUAUCGUUAAAAGUCCUGGAAUACAGAUUUAUUCAAAAUCUGUAUGUAAACAUACCCUUCUUUGAAUUAAAAUAUUGUGUUAACUUCUUUAUGACUUAAAUAUUUAUAUUGCUAGAAGCAAUAUGUAGCCAUUGUGGUAAGCUUAAAAUAUAUAUUGAUACAUUUUGUUUUCCUGAUACACUUUAGACAUGCUUAUUCUUAAAUUGUAUUGAAAUCAAUUGUUUUUAAUUGAUGGCCUUGUGAGCUAAAGUUCUGUCGUGACAAGUAUGUGUCCUCUGUUUGCAUGUUGAUUUUUAAGGCUUUCCUGAAGUAAAUAUGAGUGUGUUCUCUUUUCACAACUCGGAUGUCUAAUCUGUUAUUUUUUAACUUGGUAUUAAUGAAAUCUUGCAUGUAGCUUGCUUUUUAUGGCACUUGAAUGUACUAAUAUGGAUGAUUUGAUUAAUGUCUCAAAUAUUUGUUCGGAAAUCUGAGUUUCAUAGGGCUAUCAAACUGAGAUUAUUGUACUUUGUUUUAUUCCUCAAUGCCUUUUAGUUGAUGAAACUUCUAAACAAGACUUUUUGUUUUUAAGAUGAUGGCUUUUUAUAUCUGAGAGAGAGAGGGAGAGAGAGAACAGUAAAGUCAAGAAUCUUUUGUCCUUCAACAUCCCCACUAUUGUUUUAUUGUCUCUGUAGACAUGUAGAAAUAAUUCCCUGGUAUUCCUGAAAACUGCUGUUCUGUCAUUAUAGGCUUUCCCCAAAAAAUGGGAUAAGAAGCAAGUAGUGGGUUAAACUUAAAAAUCUGGUAUGAGUGUGUGUCUUUCAUGUCACAGCCUAUGUCUAUUUACAACAAAUAUUUUGUAAUUAAGCAUAUUUAUUGACUCACUCAUAAUAAGAAAAAAGAGACCUCAAGUCAACCUGAAAUAUCGCAAAGCAAUUCUCUAACACAGAAAGUGAUCGUCGUAAGUACUCCCCUUUACCUGUGAAAUAGUAAUAUAAGCAGUUACCUUAUGAAAUAACAAACAAAACUAUAGCAUUUGGUUAGAUUCUUUUUUCAAGGAACUAGGAAGGAAAUCUUAGAAUUUUACUGAUACUUUUAUAACUGUUUCAGAUUUACUUCCAGUUUUCAUCCCUAUACACAGCUUUUUAUUAAUUAUUAUUGUAAACUUCACCUUGACUUUUGUUUCCCUUUGUAUCAGAGUUAUGCCAAGUCUAUUAAAAGUCUAGUAUAGUAAGCCAACAAUACUUUUUACUUUUCUGAAAUGAGCAGGAGUCCUCAGAGAUCCUUACUGAUGGUCAGAGGAGAAGGGCCAAAACUCUAUUGGACUACGCUGGCCAGUACAGGCUCAAACGAUACACCCAUCACAGUUAUUAGAGGAGCAAUACUGGACAUUACAGCCUUGUAUUACCUAAAGUUAAUAUGCUGAUGUUUGUAACCUAAAGCUGUAAAUAGUCUUGGUUUCCUUCUCACACCUCAUUUCAUUCUCAACAACCAUAGACAGAUCCAAAUAACUGUGUAUUGGUUUCAUGCUGGCUCAGUUUCUUAAUGGCAAGUUGAUAAGUAAAAAACAAUUUGGACUAAAGUUAUUCAUACAGACCAGUAAAAAUUCUUGGGGUUUUGCCUUGGUUUUGCUAUUAAUCAUUUCUAGGAUAACUCUGAGAAGUUAAUUUAACUACCUGGUGCCCAGAUUUCUACCUAGUAACGUAGAGACAAACCUACCUCAUGAGAAUGAAUCUGUAAAUUAUUCUAGGAACCAGAAGCUCUGGUUACCGUUCAAUUCUUGGUCUUUUAGGGACUGGAAUUUUUAGAUGGAAACUGAAAAACAAACACAUUAACUUCUUGGAAUUUUUUAUUUAAAAGUAAGCAAUUAAAUAGUUGUGUUUAUUUCCUCCUGCUCCUUAUUGGUAUUUGAACAAGCACUUAAAACUACUAAAGUUAAAAAAUGUCUUUCCAAAUUCAUUGCUAUGAAUUUCAUUGCUAUACUCUUAAGCAAGUCAUCUUAUCCAUGUGGUACAUAUUUAGAGUGGACCAUACUUGAAAAUAACGCCAGCGUCAAUAUUUUGAACCUAUCUUUUAGCCAUUUUCUUAUACUGAUGCUUGGUGUAUGAAGGAGAUUCCGUUUGUAUGGGUCAGUUUUACUACUCGUUUAUAUCUUUGGUAAAAGUUUUGAAGGACAAAUGAUAUUGACCCUGUUGACUAAGCUUUGACGGGGAUAAUCUGUGGAUUAGAUUUCCAGUUGUCAUUCUAAAUCCUUGUAUAUUUCUUUCUAUUACUCAGUUUUACUCUGAAAUUUCUGUGGAUAAAAGCCAAUUCCCGUUCUCCCACAUUCCUAAGUCACUUCCGUAAUACUUCCUGUAGAUAGCCAUCUAGAACACACGAGGCAGUUGAGGUUUGGUUAUUUUUUUAGAAAGCAUUACCAGUCAAACUUUAUGUUUGGGCUUUACGCAGUGAUCACGUAUUCUCAAAAGAAAGACAGAGCAUUCAAAAAUAAUAUGAGACACUUUCUCAUUGUUGCUUUUUUUUUUCUUUUUUGCUAAUGGUAUUGGGUAUAGUAAAGAUAUACAGAACUUCUCUACAGAGUUUCCUUCCCUUUUAUUCUUCUUCAUAGAAAUUAUAAAAUCCCAACUUUUUUUUUUACAGCAUUCUCUACCACAUUGAGAAAGACUAGUCCAUUGUUUCUUUUAUAAAUAGACAUUUUGCCCUUUUUUUAUCGUACUCAAACGUCCCUGUGGUUUGUCUCCAUUUCUAGUGCCAAAAUUACAAUUCCUUAUUCUCUAUCAUACAUGGCAUAUGGGAUAACUUGAUCUAGUUCCUCUGCACUGCAGUGGAUAGUUUCAGUAAGUCUGCUCUCACUUCUGUGGCUCUUACCCCUCAUGCCUUAGGAUUUCCUUUUUACUGCAACAGAACACGAUGCAAAAAGAAACACAUUGAUUUGGACCCAGGAAUGGGCACCUAAAAUAGUUAAGGUAUGGCUGUUAUAGUUAAGAAGCCAUAUAAGGUGAGGCUGGAAGAGGAAGGAGGAUGGCUGUGAUCAACAAUCACAAAUUCAUGAAGUAUUUCAUUUUGUAAAUGAAAUUCCUGUCAUACUAGAACUUGAAAGACAAAAAGAGAAAGUAAUUUAUUAUUCCCAUAGAUGGAAAAUACAGACUAAAAGCUAAGUAACUUUAAUAAUAGCCUAACUAAAUGUAUGACAGAUUGUUGAGGAAACGUAUGCUUUAGGAAUGCUUUUCUAAUCUUUUGUGAUUGAUAUCCUAGAGGGCAGCCCUCUCCUUUAUCAUAUUACAAUUCUGUUUGGGUUAAAUAAUAGAAUAAAUAUGACAUUUCAAAGAUUAAGGGGGAGUGGGGAGGCAAAGAGUCCCAACUAUCUCUUCGGAUCCCCCAAAGUCAAUAAAGGAUGCAGUUUAGUCUGCUUUUCUCUUUACUGUAUCUUUAAAGAAGAGCCUUCCUUAUGUACGGGAUCCUAUCUCAACAAAACACAGAACAAAAGUUAAGGGGAAAACAUGGUUUCUGCUAUCCAUUCAUUUAUUCACUAGGGCAAUGAAUUGCAGUGUUGCAAAGAGGCAGCAUUAUCAGGAUUUUAGGAUCCAACUCCUCUCCAUUACAAUGCGUGAGUCUUCUGUACAGUAUCAUUUAGAGACCAGGUGGCCUCCCAGCAUGUGAUUAAAUAUCUCCCAAGAUAUAGCACAUUAUAUCUUUGGACAUCUCUGAUUGAUUGUAUAUAAAUCAUUCUUAUAUUAAGCCAAAGUCUGUUUCCCUAUAGUUUUCACUUCUUGGUCCUUAAUAUAUGCAUUCUGAAGAAUUUUCUAUCUUCCCCAUUAUAAGGUCUUCACCUAGUUAGAAGUAACCCUCAUGUUGGAAUUUGUCACAGUUUUUGCUUUCAGAUAAUUUACCAGCUUAUAUCCAGAUCUGUCCUAGUCUUUCUCCUAGCAUGUUAUCUUUCUGCUUUCUUCCUUUCUUUUUCUAGCUUUCCUUGUUUUAGCAGAUCUUUUUCUUUCUGGCUUCUGUUGCCCCUAGAUUGCUUCCCUGUGGUUCAUUUAGUUUUAUGUCUCUACCCAGUGACUUGCCCUCCCUAAAAGAACAUUUUGAAAUUCCUGAGAACGCCAGCUUCUUCCUACAUAACACAGGCACUUGGGAUUUUAUGUUUUAGAUCAAAGAAUGGGGGUGGGAUAGUUAGUAGCUUUAGAAACUUCUUGUAGCCCAGAAUCUGUUGACAGGAUAGUAUCACUGUUAUAAUUUGAAGAAGCAUACCACCAGAGCCUGCAUUCUAAGUUUGCUUCCUUCCCUGACAGCCUGACUAACCUUUACAGACUUUAGCCCCCCAAGAUUUGAUUUAUGCCAGUGUGGUAUGAUAAAAUUAUGGACACUUAUUUUCUGUUUAACAUUCUGAUUAUGAUUUAGAUCCCCACCAGAAAAAAAAAGUACUAAAAAAUUGAAAUGUUGUUAAUUCAUUUCUUUUAGUUUGUGCCUGUCUUCUCAAAACUGUGAGAUUCUCAAAGGUGAGAGGCCUUGUUUUAUUCACUCUGUUUGCCAGUCUCUGUAUCUCAGAUAUAUAACAAAUAAUUGCUAAAUUGAAUUAAGUGAUUAGUAACAAAUGGUAAUGGAUAAACUCUAACUUUACACUUAGAAUCUCUUGUAUUGGGACACAAAUGUGUGCCAAAUUAAUCAGCAUAUGCCCAGUCAGUACAUGCAGGUAGCCCAAAAAAACCAUGUAUGACCCAGUAGCCACUGUCUCUUUUUAAUCCUAUAGUGUGGUCCCUGGUUUAUUCAAAGAAUCUACGUGUUCCUCUGUGAUAGGUAUCAGUCUCUCUUGUUAAUGUCUUGUAAUUUGGUUCAGUUAAAAGCCCUUAUCCAUUUACCACAGGUUAUGAUCAACUAAUUUCACUAUAGAACAUAUCGAGACUGGGGUUCCUAUCUGUAUGUAUAAAUUCAUCUUGGAGUGUGCUCUCACAAAGGGAACCAGUUAUUUGACAAUUUGUGUUUAUUUAAAUUCCAUUGCAGAGAGCAAGCAGUUUGAUGCAUUUGUCCUGUGUUUUACGUGAUACAAAAGUAUCAAACUCUUGUGAUGUCAAGAGUUUUAUAGAUCAGAGAGAUCAGGGGGUUGGCAAACUUUUUCUGUAAAGGGCGAGACGGUUAGUGUUUUAGGCUUUGCAGGUCAUACAGUCUGUCAAACUACUCAGCUUUACCAUUGUGCAGUGAAAGCAGCAUAGACAAUAAGGAAACAAAUGAACAUGAAUGUGUGCCAAUCCAACUUUACUUGUGGACACAGAAAUUUGAAUUAUUUAUAUAAGUUUUAUGUGUCACUAAAUAUUUUUCUAUUUUUUCCCCUAACCAUUUAAAACUAUAAAACUAUUCUCAGCUCAUAGCCAUACAGAAACAAGAAGGCUGGAUUUGACUUGCUGGCUGUGGUUUGCUGACCCCUGUGAUACAGGUCUAGAGAACCAGAGAACUGAUUAAUUACAUUUUCUGUCUUUGAACUGUUUUCAAGAGCUGUAGUUGUGACUUUACCAUCUUCAUUCAAUGUUGAAGUAUUUUUUAUCUUGUUUAUGGUUAGAAAUAGGAAACAAAAGACAAGGCAUUUGUUUCUGUUUAUCUGGCCAUCAGAGUACACCUGAAGUGUAAUGUAAAAUGCUGUAACCACCACAGCACCCCUGCCUUUGUCAGUUUUCCAAAUUGUUCUGUGUUAACAGUGUUUUUAACAUAUUCAGUGAUGAUUCCAGGUAACUCCUUUGUUUUGUUUGUUUUUUUUAAGGCCCUAUCUCCAUUUUCCCCUAAACAAUAAAGAAACAAUUCCCAAAUUCACCUUCUCUUUAGCCAAGUUUUAGAGAUAUCUAACAAACAUUGUAAAGAAAGUGAAAUGAUUUUCACUCUGAACUUUUAGUACAUCUUAGUAUUUUGAACAGUUGUAUAAUUGUGAGGGUGGGUGUCUAAGGAAAACAUUUUAGAAUGAUUCGUCUUUCAAAACAAACAGAUUUCUCUGAGAAGAGUUCCCCAGUAGAGGGCCUAAUAGGGUAGUAUUUACCAAUAAGUCAGAAUAAAAUAAAGUUAUACCCUGUCGUAAGCGUCUUUGCUCCCUAGUUGAUAUGGUUGUGUUCUAAAGGAUUCCUUGAGCUGUAAUUAGCUUUGGGAGGUGCCUUCUAAUAAAUCCCUAAACCUGUGUUCCUUUCGCUUCCCUGGUCCAAGAUCCCUCUGUUCUGAUACUCGGUUUAAUAAAUUGUUUAUCCAUUUAGCAGUUCAGCAACAUAUUUAUUUAAGCCUAAAGAAAUCUGCUAAAAACUUGUCUUUUGAAACAACUUCUUUGAUAUUUUUCUUAUGUUAUUUGCUCUGUUAAUAUGUAAAUUUAUCAUGAAUAAAUCUUAUUGCAAAUCUGAUUCUGGUUGAUACUAGUCAUUAAGGAAAUAGGAACCAGUAAUGCUGUACAUAGACAGGCCCAGUACAAAUUAAAACAAUAAAUUAAUAAAAAGAAAAGGAACCUUUGCUUCAGUAGAUCGUCAAGACAUCCUGUCAUCCAGUGUUUCCAGAAAAGUUUUCUUGUUUUUCCAUACUUUUACUCUUCUUUGUAGCCCAGUAAUGUCUUUUGCUCAGUCCUUAAACAGAAAUAACCUAUUGGCAUGUGUUCCAUUCUCAGAAUAUUAAUAUUUUAAAUCAGCUUGGAACUCAUUUAUUUAUACCAAGGUUUAAAAACAACCUUUUUUCUAGCCAAUUUAAUUAGUCACUACGACACAUGUAAUUGUCACAUCUGUUAGAAGCAUUUUUAAUAUGCUGAAUUUGUCUUUUGUUUUUUUUUAAAGCACUUUACAAUUAGUGGUUAUUAAAACCAUUCAGUAUUGCCACUCUGAUCAUAUUGAAGAGUGAAGAAUGGAGUGGGUGUGGAAAUGUGGGUGUGGAGAGCUUGCUCAUGUAAUGUAGAAUUAACAGAAAGUAUUCCACUUGAUCUCUUCACCUUGGAUAAACCUUAUCUUUUAUCUUACUCUCACAGUUCUAGAUUCUAUUGUGUUAUCCAUGUGAUUACUUAAAACCAACACUCUACAUUUUGAAGUGGUCUGUUUGCUAGCUCCAAGUAUGUAUCUUGUGGCCAUGUCUGAGUAAUAUAAAAAUUUUGUAGUGUUUCUCCAAAGCCACAUUCCUUUUAGGAAUUUGUUGAAAAUGUUAACAUGGGAAGCCAUUUUCAUUAUUAUAGGAUUUUAGUUAUAAUAGUUUUAAAACUAUUAUAAAAUUAAUAAUAGUUUUCUGUUGUAUUUAGUUCUAUAGAAUCAAGAUACUAUUAUCUAGAUAUUGGGGCCUAGUAUUUUUCUUAAGUGCUUAUUAUGGCUUUAAUCAUUUUUUGAAUUAGGACUUCUGAGAAAUCCUGCCAAAUAUAUUUAAUUGUAUUCCAUACUAAAUGAUCAGAGUUUUUGUACUGGUUACAGCCUCUUCCUCCUCGUCUCCAUCUCUCCACCGCAACCCUUCUUGGUAUAAUGAAGUAAAAUUGACCAACCAAAGGCUUCUGGUCUCCUAGAUAUGUUUAGUAUAACCUUUAACAUUUGCUCAAUCACUUUGACUUCUAUAGCUCUAUUCAAGUUUGAGAACACUCAUUUGAUCUGUGGAGUCCUUGCUGGUGAGUGCAGUGUUAAGGCAAAAUUUUCUAUUACCUAAUAGUUAAAAUUUUGCAUCAGGCAUUACUUUUGAAGCUGUUUGCUUUUAUAUUCACGUAUUCUGGGGAUAAUCUAAUAACAGCACUGUUUAAGAAACUAUAAAAACUAUAUUUGAAGGAUAAUUGUCACUGGCAAAUUCCAUUUUCUGGCUUUUGUGAAAGGCAGCAUUAUGGAUUGGUUUUCCUAUAAGAAAUUUUACCAACUGUGAUUUAAUUAAAGCCGACAUCUUCCUAAAUAAGCUCCUUUAUCCAGAUGUAAUCUUUCUAUGCCAGAGAAUAGCAACGGACCAUGACUAUGACUCAAGUUUCAUGGAGAAGCAAGUGAGCACUCAACAAGGAUGUAUUACUAGCUAGAGAGCAAUAGCAUACAAACUUUAUUUUUCAAAAUAAAAAAGUAGGGGAGGGUAUAGCCAAGAGCGAAAAUUGAGAAUGAAGAAACAUGUAUUGCAUGAUAAAGAACAGCACACUAGAGAGGAAAGAUAGAAUUUUUAAACCAUCUUUUGCUGGCCACAUGGUUACUCUGUUGUUAGUUUAUCCCCAUCUUGAGUGUUUGUGAUUCUAAUGUCCUUUUUUAAACCACUAGUUGGCCUCAGUUUUCCACCAAAAGUGUACCAAAGCUAUUAUUUAUGAGGCUUUUGGGGGCAAUGGGCCUGGGGAUUUUUUUUGUUUUUGUUUUUUUUGGUAAUUUUUGUUCUUCAUUUCUUUCCUUUUUUGGCUGAAGAAUGGGCUACUGCUGCCUGACUUGUCAUCUUUAUGUGCUGUUUACACAUGGCUUUUACAAAAGAAGCCAUUACCACGUCUGAUUUAUCUUUUAUUGCAAGUGCCCAUUUAAAAGCAUUUGUUUUAAUUUAACAAAUUUUUUAGAAAAAUUCACCAGGUUAAUGUUCCUAGUGAUUACUAUACAAUCAAGGGAAACACUGAUAUUAUUAAUUUUUCAAACUAGGAGUAAGAUUACAAAUAUUAAUAUGACAUAAGUUUUGUUUUUCAGAGCUUUUCCCCAAGGCAUUUAAAGCAAUUCUUUGCUGAGACAUAAACUUGCCAUGUUUCGUUAAAGAGAAGAAUGUAGAAACAGAGCACUCGCAAUUAAUUGAUCUUAUCAGGAUUGGAUUGUACAUUUUUUAGUUUGCAUGUUACAGAACUUUUGGGGGUAUUAUUUAAAUACAUUGUUGAUAAUUUAAGUGACUGUAAUAUUUAUUGUUUACUUCAGUUAAGAACCAGGAGCUGGACUCUUCUGCUGGGUAUCUUCCUUCUGUGCUUAGCAAGAUAACCUCGAUUCCUGCUGGUUCUUGGGCAUUUGCAGUGCAAAGCAUUUCUCACUGGGUUUGCAAAACAAGGGUAAUGUGCUGUGUGGGUGUAUGUGUGUCUGUGCACACCCCUCCCGCUCAAUCCCACUGCCACCUUCUCACCCCCUUUUUCUUAUCAAAACUUAUUUUUUAAAAUUAUACAAAUUUUAUUAAGUCUAACAAAUCCCCAAUUUACCUUUUUCUGAGAUAUAGAAACACUGAUAAAAAUGUAUUAACUUUCCUUGAGGUGUUUGCCUACAAAGUCAUUGCAAAGAUGAUGGUGACCUGGCAGGGCUGAUGGCAUCAUUAAGCAGUAUUUACGAGGCCAGAAGUAACUCUCAGUUUUCUUGAUAGGACGGCAAAAUAGAAUGAAGGGAAUGUGAAGGUAGUUUAAUAGAUGUAGUGGAUUUAGGUUCCUUUGUGUAAGGUGACUACAGAGGUAGUAUGCUCAAGCUCAGACUCUCUUUUUAUGCAAAAUUUAGUAAUUUCAGGAAGCAAAAUCUGCAGGUAGUAACAUAAAGAUAUGCUUUGAGUUUGGAAACAGCAAUAAGUCUAUUAAGCUUUAAAAUGGUUGUAAAGUUUGUAACUAAUCAGAAAUGUUCUUCCUGUUUUCUUUCUUAACAGACAGUGUAUGUCUCAAAACUAUUAAAAGUUGCCUAUCCAGGGUUCUUCAUGAGGAUCUUGGCUCAGGAAUAUUUACUAAAUAUCUCCAUAGUGUACCUAUUAAUAUUUUAAUUCUUAUGUUCUAUAUUCACAAUUUCUUUCUUCAAAGUUCUGCCUGGUGAUGUUCUCUAAAAUCUAAUGAGAAACCUGGCUGAGAACUGGCUAAGCUGGAAAGAAGUACAGCUUUUGUUAAAUCGUAGGCUGGGCCCACUUCGGGUUCUCAAGACACACUUCAUGUAAGGACUAGAUGUCUUUAUUGCUCUGGAUCUGUGUUUCUUUGCAAAAAGUAGUAUUUUAAGAAAUAGAGUCCAAAGACGAGUAAUAUUUAGUAUUUGCCUCGCCCUUCAUUUUGAACACUCUAUGCAAUUAGCCCUCACCAUAGCUACUCAGGUAGGUAGUGAUGCUCUUGCUUUAUGUGAUAAAAUUGGGGCUCAGAGAGGUUCAGAGACCUGCCCAAGAACAAGUGAGAAGUGGAGCCAGAACCCAGGUCUUCGAUGUUUCAGUCCGGUGACAUGCUAUUAUGCCACAGCUGUCUCCUAAAUCUUAGUCCCCAAAGGAAAACGUGAAAGUUACGGAGAGUGAAUUAAAGAGAAGAUUGAAAUUUGUGAGACACUAACGAUUUAUAAAACUAGGUAUUAAAAAUGGCUCUCGAAGAUCCUGAAGCCACUAAUUCAUUGAUUUAUUAAUACUGGACUCCCUUUACCUUGCCUUAAAUCCCCCAGGUUGAGUCAUGCAGCAUGUCCCAGAACCUAAAAUAGGAUCUCUUUCAGUUCUUAGGAACCAGAAGAUGGAAAUGAGAAAUGAAGCCUUGCCUGUUGUUGAGACAGAAGCUCUGAGGGCUUUUGUUGGGCCCUGGAGAUAAUCUGGUUCCUGGUAUUAGAACAGUCAAUAAAAAGAUUUGAACUUUUUAGAAGAACAUAGUAGUUUCCUUUACAUAUUUAUGUUUAGAUAGCUCAAUAGUUUAAAUUCCCAUUAAGUCAAACCUCAAGCACAGGGUCAGAAGAAAAUUAGAUUGGUAUCCAAAAGCAAGCAAACCAAAAACACCAUCAUCAAACCAAAUCACAUUUUGUAACUCUAAUAAUUAUUUGUUCUUCAUCAAAGAAAGUAUUUUUGGUAUUCUGUGUUUCAGCCCCUGGUAUAUUUAUGUAAAUGUGAAACUUGUUGAUUUAGAAUGGAGUCUUUGAGACUGUUAAAGUGAGGCAGGCCAGGGUAUUUAUAUAAUUUAGUAAAAAAAAUUCUAUUUUAGUCUGGUUGGACUAUGAAAAUUCCUUUUUCAAUCAUCAUUUGUGUUUCCUACUUCUCAAUGUAGUCAAGUUGAUUUAAAAAAAAAGUCACUUUAGCAUGUUAAUGGCCUUCCCUUAAAAUUUGUCUUUAUAUAAUUUCAGCAAGUAAGAAAACCCAUCUUUAUUA